AUGACGAUGGCAGCAGCGGUCCAUCGCGAUGCAAGCUCUCGCAUCGUCGGCUUGCAGAACCGCAGCGACAUGCCUCCCCAUGUGCCGCGGAAGCGCCUGCAUCAGUCGCCCGCACCCGUUAACGAGAGCAAAGGCAAGGCACGUGCGGCAAGUUCAGCGCCCUCUUCCAGUAAACGGAAAUCCACGCUGUACGACGAUCUCGACGCCGCUGCAACCCCUCUGUCCGCCUCAAUUGCGCCAGGCUUUGACCUAGACGACAGCGAGAGCUCUCUGACUUCGCUGUCGGACGAGGACUUGGAGGAUGUGCCGCCUGCGAAACGGCAAAAAGCCCAUGAGUCCGGGGAGGAUGAUGACGACAUCGAAUUCGAAGAUGUCGCCGCACCAAGCCAACCCGCAGCAGAUGCGCCAGCUGUCUCAGGAGACCUCGAAUUGACCCUGGUAAAGGACACCCGGGUUUCGCUGACCAACUCCCUUGGCGACAAAAAGGGUCCGUCCAAGAGGGCGAGAAAGAUACGAAAUGCAACACACUGCCUUCACGUCAUGCUGCUUCUGUGGCAUAACGCGAUACGAAACUCGUGGCUCUGCGACCCUGAAGUUCAAGCCAUCAUGGUGUCGCAUCUUCCUCCCAGGCUCUGGGACGAGGUGGACCGCUGGAGACGCAGCUCUGGUCUGUCGCAGGCGCAAGCGCCUCAGAAGCCCCAAGCCAGGAACCAAGGCAGGGGCAGAGGCAAAGAUAGGGGCCGCGGCCAGAAGACGGACCAAGACGGCGAGUCGUCGAAAGGUGCAUCGCGCGACUGGGGAACGGCGGCAAAGAGGCUCGAGGAGGGCGCCGUCGACAUGAGCCAUGGAGACCCGCUCUUUCGCCUGAUGCAGUCUCUGGCGUCCUGGUGGAAGCAGCGUUUUCGCGUGACGGUCCCUAGUUUGAGAAAAUGCGGCUACAUGGCCCUGGAGCGGCUCGACAGGCUCACAAAGGCAUACACGGCCGAGCCUGGGAACUCUGCGAGGUUUGGUGAGAGGAUAUCGAACUUGCAGGCUUUCCGCCAAUGCGCUCAGACCUGUCAGGGGAGUCGUGACAUCGGGGCGCAGCUGUUUACGUCUUUGCUCCGGGGGUUAGGCCUCGAGGCCCGCAUGGUGGCAAAUCUACCGUGUCUGGGGUUUGGAUGGAACAAACUGGAGGAUGCAGAGCCUGAGAAGGAGGACGGCCAAGGUAACGUCGUGGUCAAGGACAAGCAGCCGGCGAAGACGUCGACUUCCAAGCAAAAAUUGAAGACGCCGGCCUCGGGCAAAUCGAACGGCACUGCCCUGGAAACGUCACGCAAGACCCGAUCUUCGGACCGGAAGAAACCCGUUGGGGAUGCCGUGGACGAGCUGCGCUUGGAGCACACGGAUACCGAUGACGAGUCCGUUGUCGAGGUGCAAAUGACGCCUAAAAAGACGGCGCAGCAAGCAGGGAAGAUCGACAAGGACCUCGAGUAUCCUCACUACUGGACCGAGGUCCUUUCACCCGUCACCAGCAAGUAUCUGCCCGUCGACUCAAUCGUCAAAGGCACCAUUGCAACGAAUCGAGAUCUCGUCGAAUCCUUUGAGCCCCGAGGCGCCAGGGCAGACAAGGCUAGACAAGUCAUGGCCUACAUUGUCGGACAUUCGCAGGAUGGGACGGCCAAAGACGUCACCGUGCGCUACUUGAAGCGACAGGUUGUGCCCGGGCGAAGCAAAGGCGUACGGAUGCCGCCGGAAAAGAUUCCAGUUUACGACCGUCACGGGAAAGUGAAGCGUCACGAGCAGUUUGACUGGUUCAAGUCGGCCAUGUCUGGGUACAAGCGAGGCGGAAGGAGUCAACCCGUGACGGAAGUGGACCACGAGGAGGAGGCGACGGAUCUCAAGCCGGCCAAGGCGGAGAAGAAGGAGGUCAAGGAGGGCGAGGAAACGCUGCAAUACUACAAGCAGUCCAAGGAGUUUGUUCUCGAACGCCAUUUGAAGCGCGAGGAAGCGCUCAAGACCGAUGCGGCCCCCGUCAAGGUUUUCAAGAACAAGGCAAAGGGAGGCAAGGUGGAGGAAGAAGACGUCUAUCUCCGCACCGACGUCGUCAACGUCAAGAGCGCGGAGACGUGGCACAAGCAAGGCAGAGCACCGAUGGCCGACGAGCAGCCCCUGAAGCGGGUUCCCUACCGCGCGGCGACGCUGAAUAGGCGAAGAGAGAUUCUAGAGACGGAGGCGGCGACGGGAGAAAAGGUGCUGCAGGGGCUCUUUAGCCUGGAGCAAACAGACUGGAUCAUCCCGCCGCCGAUUGAGAACGGCGUCAUCCCCAAGAAUGACUACGGGAACAUUGAUUUGUUUGCGGAGCACAUGUGCCCUCAAGGGGCGGUGCAUGUACCAUACAGGGGCGCGGUGCGGGUCUGCAAGCGACUGCAGAUCGACUACGCCGAGGCCGUGGUGGGCUUUGAGUUUGGGCACCGGAUGGCGGUGCCCGUGAUCCAAGGCGUCGUGGUGGCCGAGGAGCACCACGAGCAAUUGAUGGCGGAGCUCGAAAAGAACGAGGCAGAGAGGCUGAGGAAAGAGGACGAGAAGCGUCGCAAGGCGGUCCUCGGCACGUGGCGCAGGUUUAUCAUGGGGCUGCGGAUCGUGGAGAGGAUGCGUCAGGACUACGGCGAGGUGGACGACAGCGUCGCCGUGUUUGGGCCGAAACAGGGUGCCGUCGAUGGGAAUGCGCCAGCGGCGGCUGAGCAUGGCGAGGACAUGGCUGGCGGGUUUCUGCCCGAGGGGUACGAGGAAGAGGACGAUGAGGGGCAGGCGCAUCAAAUGUCGAGCUUCUUCCCUGUCGGCGAUGAGGACGACGAGGCCGAGGGAGGCGGCCUCAUCGUGGAGGACGACGGACAAAUGGCAGCCGAUGGGGCGCCCGGCCGGGGUGGCGGAUGA